CGGCAACCGUCCCCGCGGUGCCGGGAGGCUCCGCUGGGGCCUCAUCGCCAGGCCCGGCCCGGGCCCCCCGGCCCGCCCCGGGGCCCAGCUCACCGCCCCCACACCCGCCGUGUGUCCUCUGCGGGUGCCCCCCGGGACACCGCCAUGGGUGACCAAAUGCAGUUCAUUGUCGAGAAGCUCAAUCAGGAGCCCUUCAGGAAGAACUACAACUUAAUCUCGUUUGACUCCCUGGAGUCGGUGCAGCUGCUGCAGCUGCUCAAUGAUGUUCUGGGCGAGAUUGACCCGAAGCAUGCUGUUGACAUUAGAGAGGAGCUGCCAGAACAAACAGCUAAAAGAAUGCUGAGUCUCCUUGGAAUUCUCAAAUACAAACCUCCAGGGAAUGUGUCAGACCUAAGUGCUUUUCGCCAGGGGUUGGUUACUGGGAGCAAACCUGUCAUUCAUCCUCUCUUACACUGGCUUCUGCAGAGGACCAAUGAACUCAAGAAAAGAGCUUACCUGGCACGUUUCUUAGUGAAACUGGAAGUGCCAGCAGAGUUUCUCCAGGAUGAUACUGUGGCUGACAUCAACAAACAGUAUGAAGAACUCAUGGAAGCAUUUAAAAACCUGCAUAAGGAGUAUGAGCAGCUCAAAAUAUCUGGUUUAUCCACUGCAGAGAUAAGAAGGGACAUCAGUGCAAUGGAAGAGGAGAAAGAUCAACUGGUCAAAAGAGUAGAGCGUCUCAAGAAGAGGGUGGAGACAGUACAAAAUCAUCAACGGAUGCUUGAAAUAGCAAGACAGCUCCGCUUGGAAAAGGAGAGAGAAGAAUCUCUGGCUCAACAGAAACAAGAACAAAAAAGUCAGUUGUUCCAUGCAGAGCAGAGGCUGCAGAGAGCCCAGCUCCAGCUGAAGGAGAUGCAGGAUGCAGUAGCUGAUUCAAAACCUGAAAGUUUAAUGAAGAAACUGGAAGAGGAGAUAAAUUUCAAUUCCUACCUGGUUACUGAAAAAAUGCCCAGAGAGCUUGAGAGUAAAAAGGCCUCAGUGUAUCUCCUGCAGAAGGUGGUUGCAGAGCCAGCCAUGACUCAGUCUGAUCUCACUGCCCUGCAAAGUGAGAUAAAUGAAGUCAAUGCACAAAUGAAUCAGCUUACUGAGAAAAGAAUGAUGAAGUAUGAGCCAACAGAUAGUAAAUUUUCCAUGUAUCGCCAGCAGGCAUCCAUAAUUUCCCGGAAAAAGGAAGCCAAGGCAGAAGAACUCCAGGCUGCCAAGGAGGAGAUGUCCAGGCUGGAGAGGCAGGUGCAGCAGAGGAGCAGUCAGGCCCACGAGCUGGAAGGCUCUGAAAUCCUGACAGAGGAUGAGCUCAAGCAGUACGUUAAUAAGCUCCGGAGCAAGAACACACUUUAUAAAAAGAAGCGCCUGGAAAUAGCAGAAAUUACAGCUGAGUAUGGAAUCCUCCAGAGGACAGAGGAGCUUCUGAAGCAGCGCCACGAGGCCAUUCAGCAGCAGUUGCAAGUGAUUGAAGAGAAAAAAGGCAUUUCUGGAUACAGUUACACCCAGGAGGAGCUGGAAAGAGUCUCUGCAGUGAAGAGUGAAAUGGAUGAAAUGAAAGGCCAGACAUUAGAUAAUAUGUCUGAAAUGGUAAAGAAGCUGAAUGCAGUGGUGGCAGAGAAGAAGGCAAGCCUUGCUCCCGUCAUCAAAGAGCUCAGGCAGCUGCGGCAGAAGUGCCAGGAAUUAACUCAAGAAUGUGAUGAAAAGAAAAUCCAGUACGACAGUUGUGCGGCCGGGCUGGAGAGCAACCGCUCGGCCCUGGAACAGGAAGUGAAAGGGCUUCUGGAGGCGUGUGCCCAGGAAGAGAGCAACUACCGUUACAUCCACUGCAUGAAAAGGACCCUGGAGGUCCAGCUGCAGCGGGCUAAGGAAGAAAUGAAGGCCUAUGUGUCCCCAGACCCACAGGAGCGACGGAAGGCGAUCCGACAUCCUGCACUCUGGAACAAAAUGGGAUUAGUUUGUGGCAAUGAUAAUGCAGUUUCACUGCUGGGAAUAAAAGAAUUGACAGAAUGAACAAACCCCACAAUGGAACGAAACAGAAGCAAAACCAGUCCUUGUCUCUGUGCUGUGGUCUCAGGGCAUUCCCAGGAUUCCCAGGCUGAUCUCCCUGAGAAACUUCCUGAUUCUGGUCCUGAGCAUGGUUGUUCAGACCCCCAAACCCUCAUCCAAACCCUGAGGUUUGGAGUGUUGGGACAUAAAGGAAUGACACGCAAACGUCACCGAAUUCCCCGGUCAGUCCUCGCUCUGAGUGUCCUCAGCUGACCCUGCCACUGCCUGAAAAGUAAUUCAGGAGUACAAUGUCUGUACCUUUGCGAUGUGAUAAUUCACUGGAAAGGUCGUAGCAGAUACAAACAAACAAAUAUGACACAGACAAACACAGAGACAACUCCUGAAGGAGUUUUUAAUUAACCUCUAACGAGGAAUUUCAAACACAGAAAGCAUCUCGAGCACCUUCAUCGAGCUAAUGGAGUCAACGAAAUGAAAUGGGAGAUUUUUCUCCUGCCCUGAGAUCUUUUUAUAAUCCCAGGGAGAUAAGAUCAGGAGAAGCAGUCCUACAGAGAAGCCCUGUGUGUCUGGAUGUGCAUGCAAGUGUGCACACAGUCUCACAAGGUCUCUCUUAGAAACCAGGACACAACACUCUGGGCAGCCUCAUAUUUGUGGGCCUGUUCUCUGCACAUUUCAGUUUUUUACAAUUGUCUCCUUUGUGCUGCAGCUGAAACAUUAAUUAUAUAACCUUGAGCUGAAAUAACUGGAAAUUCAAUUUUUUCUUAACCAUCAGAGGAAACAAAGAGAUUUUGAAUAUUAUAUUAUUUGAAUGUUAUUCAAUGUUGUCUUCAAAAACUGUAAAGAUGCAUGAAGGGGAAAGGCCUACAAGAGAAAAAGUGGCUGGCUUGGAGCAUGGUAAGGGAUGAGAGAGUUUGGGCUUCUGGUUUAUUGCCCCAGGCAGCUGCAGACAAAGCUGCUGCUUCUGCUUGUCUGUCCUCAGAGUGCUGGAAUUGGCUGGAUUAGACCUCAAAUAGAAGGGCAGCAGAUUUAUCACUGAGCACUAAAUUUUGUUUUCAUAUAUGAGAACAACUCCAGGGUAACCUCAGUUAAUGAAUAACCCAGUCAGUGGUGAAAGCUCCUAUUUAGUCUGAUAAAUUUGGCCUUAAACAAAAACUUCUGUUGAUACAAAGAUAUACCACAGGGGAGUAAAAACAUUUUCCCUAUGAAAAACAUUCAGUCUUGACAGAAGAAAAAAAAUUAAAUGUUCACACAGUUUCAUUAAAAAACCUGAAAAAUCACGUUUAAAAAAGCCCCACAACUUUAUAAUGCAAAGUUAAAAUUUUCAAAAGAAAAUUUAGACUUUUGGGGAAAAAAACCCCAAAACAACAAAACCAGGUUCUUUAGUCAGCACAAAAAAAAUAAAACCAACUCAAAAUUCUUUGAUGGAGAUAUUCUCCUUACUUAGAAGAUGUACAACCUGUUAUUGAGUAGUUCCAUUAGAACCAGAUUAACUCCUCAUCACAAGCUCAGCAAUGUUUACAGUAUUUAUCCUCCAAGAAAAGACAUGGAUACUGGAGUUUCAUAAUAAGGGAAUUUUUCUUUGAUACAGCAUCUGCAUCAGAGCCAAUUUUACCUGCAAAUGCAUCAUUCUGGUGCAAUUUAUCUUUGUUUGAAACAAUCUAUGUGGGUACAUCCAAUUUUUAUAAAAGGGCAUUCAACAAAUA